GGCUGCACAUUGUGCUCAGACCGGGCCAGCCAGCCAAGGUUACACAGUCGUUUUCUCUCCCCGCCUCUGAAGGUAGACAGUCCACGGCAAACAGCUGCGGCUCUUCAUCCACACUCAACAUUUCGCCACCGGACGGCUGGGGGACUUUGUGGUGACAAAUGGAGACCUUCAAUCAUAAACUGAACACUUACAUAGGGUCAUGGAUGGGUCCCAGAGAUCAGCGAGUGAAGGGAUGGCUGCUGCUGGACAACUACCCACCAACCUUUGCACUCACAGUCAUGUACCUUCUGAUCGUGUGGAUGGGGCCCAAGUACAUGAAACACAGGCAGCCGUACUCCUGCAGAGGCCUCCUGGUGCUCUACAAUCUGGGCCUCACACUCUUGUCUUUCUACAUGUUCUAUGAGCUUGUUACUGCUGUGUGGCACGGUGGCUACAACUUCUACUGCCAGGACACUCACAGUGCACAGGAAGUGGAUAAUAAGAUUAUAAAUGUCCUGUGGUGGUAUUACUUCUCCAAGCUCAUCGAAUUCAUGGACACAUUUUUCUUCAUACUACGAAAGAAUAAUCAUCAGAUCACGUUUCUUCACAUCUACCACCACGCUACCAUGCUGAAUAUCUGGUGGUUCGUUAUGAACUGGAUACCCUGCGGCCAUUCGUACUUCGGUGCGUCCCUAAACAGCUUCGUCCACGUCGUGAUGUAUUCUUACUACGGCCUCUCAGCCAUCCCAGCCAUGCGGCCGUACCUUUGGUGGAAGAAAUACAUCACGCAGUUACAGCUGAUCCAGUUCUUUUUAACCAUGUCCCAGACAAUGUGUGCAGUCAUAUGGCCAUGUGACUUCCCCAUGGGAUGGCUGUACUUCCAAAUAAGUUACAUGGUCACCCUCAUUAUCCUUUUCUCAAACUUCUACAUUCAGACGUACAAGAAGCACAGUGGUUCUCUAAAGAAGGAGCACCAGAACGGCUCUCCUGUAUCAACAAAUGGACAUGCAAAUGGGACGCCAUCUAUGGAGCACAAUGUACACAAGAAACUGAGGGUGGAUUGACAUUUGCGAAACCGAUGCUCACUGUAGUGUGUUAGCUAAUGCUGCUAGGAGGUAUAAUUAUCUUCUUAUCUAGAAUAAUCUAGCAUUCACUUGAUGAAAUAAGCCAUAGCCACAUAUAUCCAGAGACUUUCCAUGUUUUUGCACACACUGCUACUCAUGGCAUUGAAUUAUGAAAUUAAUAUAGUUUAAGGAGAAGAGUAUUGUAGUAUGGCUGACGCUGCACAACGUGUCCUCCCCCACCCUCUAGAGGAAAUUCAUUCCAAAGCGAAAGAUCUUGUUCUUGCUACCAGCAAACAAACACAUAUUCUGACUCAUUCAACGAUGCUUUACACACAGGAAGUCCAAAGAUGAAAGCUCCAGCGAGUGUGUUGGCAGCUGAAGGUUUCAUUACACUCAGUGACAUCAACUUAAGGGACAAUUAAAACAACACAGUGCUUACUAUCGUCUUUAAUGUCUAACUAGAGCAUGCAUCUUGCGUCUUGCCUUAUCUAACUCCUGCCUGUGCUAAAUUUUGCCCUGUAUAACUGUAAUGCAUUUUAUUAGUAGGUAUUGUAGUAACAGCAGAAGUUGCAUAUUGCUGUAUAUUUGCAGCGCAGGGUCUUCAAUUUGGAAUAUUUAGCCAUCUAACCAAAGCAUAACCAAAGCAUAUAAUGUACAUUCAUAUGCAAGGCUUCAUUUUUAAACCAGUUCAAGACACAGUUUUAGAGGGCAGUUGUUGUGUUUUAUGAGCACAAUUUAAACUCAGUCCUCCUUAGAAUCCCCCAUGUUACAAAGAUCAGUUUUUCUCCUUUCUCACUGUGUUAUAUCUACUAUAGCUUUAUCCGGUAAAUGCAGUUAGAACUUCAAAAAACACUUUAUAUUCAAAUAAAUUUUACUAUAUAGUUGAGAAUGAAAGCUCGCUAUUGACCAUGGAAACAGCAGACGAAAAAACAAUCUCACCACAGUGUCCAUUUACAGCAGUAGAUGCUCUGGUGGUUUUGCUUGUCACACCAUCUUCACCAACACAUGGAUUUUUCCCAGGUGUCAAGAGAAGUUCUUAACAUGCUCAGAAAAAUCGAAACAUAAACCUCAUCUUGAGGUUUCUGUUUUAAUGUUUUAAUCAUCAUGAGCUGCUGGACACUUGAACUUCACCCUAGGGGAUAAAUAAAGUAUAGAUCUAUCUAUUUGCUGAGGGAGAUCAGAUGAUACAAACAAAAGCGCCAGAACAGCUACUAAAUGGACCUCGUAGUGGAAUUAUUUUGUCAAUUAGUUAUUUUUUUUCUAUACAUAAAUAGGGUGCCUUCUGGACCAGUUAAUUUGGUUUCUAAUGUAGCAUUUCUCAUCUUUUCAAUAUGCUUUCAUCCUGGCUCAUGUUGGUCCAUUUCAGACUAAUGUGUGUCAAACUUCCUGUUCAAAUCCUGUGCCUGACUCUUCACUUGUUUUUUUUUUUUGUU